CUGCCUUCUUCUUCUUCUUCAAGGCCGCCACCGCCGCCGCAGAGCAAAUCGCCGCCGCCGCUGCUGCCGAGGAUGGGGCGGAAGGACAAGGAGGCCGCUGCCGCCUCCCCCGACGCAGCCGCGGCGGCCGUCCGCUCGCUCUUCGCGGCCGACAAUCCGUUCCGCCGCAAGGAAUCCCCUCCGGAGGAGCCCACUCCCGUCCCUCCUCCCGUCGUCCGCAAGAGCCCCAAGCUUCCCGAGCCCGAGGCCGACGCGGAGCCGUCGGCUAGGAAGAAGAAGCGGGAGGAACAGGAGUCGGAGGCGCCGCCGCCGCGGCGGCCCAAGCGGAAGCGGGACGAGCUCGAGGCGCGGUACGAGCGGCGGACGCUCGGCGCGCCCCCGGAGGAGCCCGCGCCGCGGCCGGCCGUCGGGGCGAAGAGGAAGGCGCCGGACGACGUCGCGGCGGCGCUGGCGGGGGCCGGGGCGGACGAGGAGGAGGAGGCGUUCGACGAUGAGGCCAAGCUGCUCAGGACGGUGUUCGUGGGCAACCUGCCGCUGCGGACCAAGAAGAAGGCGCUCACCAAGGAGUUCGCGGCCUUCGGCGAGGUCGAGUCCGUCAGGAUCCGCUCCGUGCCCCUCGGCGACACCAAGAUUCCGAGGAAAGGAGCUGUCAUAAAAGGGAAGAUUAAUGACUUGGUCGAUAAUGUACAUGCGUACAUCGUCUUCAAAGAUGAGCAGUGUGCGCGUGCAGCUUUAUCUCAUAAUAUGGCAUUGUUCAAUGGCAAUCACAUCCGUGUUGAUAUGGCGUGCCCACCUCGUAAAAAGCUUAGAGGAGAAGGACCUCUUUAUGACAGAAAGAGGACAGUGUUUGUUGGCAACCUUCCGUUUGAUGUAAAGGAUGAAGAGCUCUACAAGAUGUUCUGCGGUCCCAGUGGACCACAAGGUGAUGUUGAAGCUAUACGUGUUGUCAGAGAUCCAGAUUCAAGCCUGGGGAAGGGUAUCGCCUAUGUUUUAUUCAAAACAAGGGAGGCUGCUAACUCUGUUGUCAGAAAACGGGAUCUCAAGAUCAGAGAUCGCCUUUUGAGGCUCACCCAUGCAAAAGCAGCUGAUGCGACACCGAAGAAGACGGAUGCUGGGAAAACACAUGGAGGUCCAAGACAGAAGACAGUUUCGACCCCAGGCAGCAAGUCCCGCGAUGGCAGUGACAGCACCAAACGGAAGGCAUCGAGUUUGUCUUACCAAGGCCUGAAAGCAAGCAAAUCUGGCGUCGUGAAGAAGGCGAAAGUGAUCCAGCACCCCAGCAACCAAGGAAAGCAGCCGCAAGGCAGGACUAGCGAAACAGGUCAAACCGAUAGCGCUCGCAAAACUAAGCGGCCUGCCGUGGCCGCGAGGAAGGCGAAACAACUGACCAAGAAACGCAAGCUGGAUGGUUCAAGAACUCCUGACAAUACACAUCGGAGCAAGAAAGCAAGGAAGUAACCGUCCCUACCAUGGACUGCUCUCACUUCUUUGACAGGAGUUUGAAGCCAUCAGAUUUUGGACAAGAUUAGAUCGUGAUGAUGUCUGCCUUGAGUUCAAGGGUGCAAUCUAAUACUUGGAGCCCCUGUUCUACUGUUUAAAUGUUGCUUAUCUGUGUAACAUGCUUCACUGAUACGGAGUGCCAUUUUUUACCUUGCCUGGUGUUCAUUAUGUAAACCAAGCUGGUCCCAUGACAGUCUCUUAAAUGGAACUACAUGGUAGUAGCAUGUUCUUUGGUUUUAAGA